AAAUGCUUCAUUGGCCCAACCUUCUCUGGUCACCUGAGCCUGUCACCUGCUGCAGAUUCCAUCAGUCGUGUAUGGAGUCUCUGUCCUGAGUUGACAGAACUUUUGUCUUGUUUGUCGUGCCGGUAGAGCCAGUACCUGUUUCCAGUCUAGGUGUCGCUCCCCGUGUGUGAGAUUCGCUUUCAUUCCAGAUGCUGACAUGCGUGCACGGCCUGUCCUGGCUGCAGAGCCGUCCACAAGGAUUUGUCUGCUUAUGGUGCCUGGCCCUGUCUAGGGACAACUGUUAUCAGAAGUUUGAGGGUCAAAGCUUCAUCCCUGAGGGCCCUGCAAGCUAGGCUAAGUCACCCACACUCACCAGGCCAACCGAACAGAUAAUAAUGAAAAGCAGAGAGAGGAAGUUUAGCCAGUGCAGCCACAUUGAGAAGAGGAACAGAGUAGCAGUGACCACAACUAUGAGGGUUAAAUGGCGCACACGGGGUUUGCAUGACUGAGCGAUCCUGCUCAAAGUGCAGCCCGGUCCGCCACUGACCCGCCUUUGACUUUGUUCUCUUUGCUCCAAUCUGCCCAGCAAGGUGUUGUGACAAGUUGUCAGACUGUGUGAGCUCUCUCCUUGGGGGACAAGCCCUCCCUCAAGCCGACCCUCCCUCCAGAAUGAAAUUCCUGAGGACAUUGCAAUUGGGACGGGUGUCACCAAUAGGGUGGAACACAAGUGUCUCUCUAGAAUAUCCUCGCAUUUGCGGGAUGGCUGGCGUGUCUCUGUGACCUGAUGACAGGGCCUCCUCCACUUUCGAAUCAUCUUCUGUCUAUGUGUGUUCUGCAGAGCUUGAGUCUCCCAUGUGACCCCGUGAUCUUUUUAGGGGGCUCCCCCUUUGCUCCGCCUGUCUGAACUGCCCUGGGUAGAAACCCGUUCAGCAUGUUCUAGUGGAGAGUUUCUCAUGGGACAGAGGUUAUGUUUGUCAGGCGGCUCCCACCUGCUCCUGCAGACAUCACUCCGGCUCUCAGAACCUCUGCCGCUAUAGGCUCCUGCUUGCCGAUGGACCUGCGGGCAGGGCUCAUCCACUUCCUAUCUGACCUAUAUAGUCUGUCUGCUUUGCAGGACUCAGGAGUCCUCACAUUCCCCAUAGAAGCCAGGCCUGCUUCAGAAUCCUGCUUGUAUCCACAGUGACACGUGCCUGCCCACAGUGCUGGCUUCCCUGUGACUCAGCCGCAGCUCCAUGCCUCUCUGGUGACGUCAACACCUUUGGCAUACCCAGGCUGUAAAUCCUCUGCAGGCUCACGGAGCCUCAGCUCUUCUGCAAACUCCCUGACCUGACUGCAAGGCAGGCGUCUUUUUACAGACCUGAAAUCUCUUUGCAAGGCCUCAUGGUUUUCCCCACCUAUUCUCAUCGUCUGUUUUCUGGAGGUAUCCUACAUACAAGGCUCUGCCAUGUCUACAGGGCUCUUCCAGCCUUUAAAACCUGCCUCCGACUAGGGGCCUUUCUAUGGCCACGGUGUGGCUCCUGUCUGCGGAGUCUUCUGCGUCACUGUACUUGCCCUGUAGCUUCAGACGCUGCCCCUUCUACAGAGUCCUUUCUCAUCCCCGUUAGCAUAACCAUCCCUAGGCUGUGAAGUCCCUGUGGGCCUGCAGAACCCAUACCUGUUUGCGGAGCCUUUCUCAGCUUCCGGUCUUUGCCUAUUUGCCAAGUCUGUCUGACCUUCCCUGGGCAGUGCCUGGGUCUCCCCAAAGCUGUCCUUGUACACAUGGAGAGCCCCUGUUUGAAGUCCUCCUUUCUCUCUGAGAGCUUGAGUCGUUCAGUGUUUAGUCUGCAGAAGGCGUGGCUGUUUGUGAAGCCCCCAUCUACACAGCCCGCUGCACUGCGCAGCCCGGUGUCUACUUACACGCUUGUUUCUAACUCUGUCAGACCUGUGUGUAGCUGCUGCUUUCCUUGAGGUCAGAACCUGUCUUUCCAUACAGCCUUGAGCCCCACUGGUUCCUUUUGUAAGAGUCUAAUUUGGCACUAUCUGCAGUAACUGUCCGGAGUCUGCAGACCCUAGGUCUGGCUAAAAGCUGUCUGCCUGUUUCUUUUUCCUUUUGAUUCUUUUAGACAAGAUCUCCUGUAACUCAGCCUGCCUCAGAUCUUCUCUAUAGCUGAGAAGAAUCCUGAACUUCCGAUCCUCCUGCCUCCACCUCCUGGGUGCGGGCAUUAAAGCCAUGCACCGCCACGCCUGGUUCUGUGUGGUGCUGGGGGUCAAACCCAGGGCUUUCUGUAUGCUAGGCAUUCUACCAGCUGAAUAUACCUCAAGCACGUGGUGGUCAGUCUCUAACUCUGUCUCCAGAUGUUGCUGCUAGCUGGAGGGCACUCCUGGCCAGAGAGCUCUGCUUGCUGGGAAGCUUUCCCACAGACCAACCAGGUUCCUGUACGCCUGUCAGUGAGCCUCUCCCGAUUUGCUGAAGUUUGCCCAGGCCCCUGUAAGCCCAUCCACUGUACCUGCCUGGUUUGCUGAAGUUGCAUGUUUAACGAAGGUUACAUUCCCUUGUGAAGGUGCUUUGGAAAGCUUCGGGUGGCAGAGGAACUCUUGCUUGGAGCCUGUAACACACACCUGUGUUAGAAGAGGCUAUCCCCCAACCUCUGCAUCAACCAUCGUCCUUGCCUAGCCUAGGAUGGACACCAACCAGGACCUCCCAGCCAUUGACAGCCACAGAGUUCUCCAAAUAUGGGUUACUGAGAACCUAAAGAUGCUGCCACUGCCUGAUAGGGCUCAUGGGAAUUUCUUCGAGGAAUGCUGCUAUAUCAUCCUUCACCUACAGGAAGGGAGGUCGAGCCUCUGCCCUCAAGCACGUGGAGACCAACCUGUACAAUGUCCAGCGACUGUUGCACAUCAGGGGAAGGAAGCAUGUGUCUGCCACCGAGGUGACCUUGUCCUGGAACAGCUUUAAUAAGGGAGACAUCUUCCUGUUGGACCUGGGCAAGGUGAUGAUCCAAUGGAAUGGACCCAAAACCAGCAUUUCUGAGAAGUCACGGGCGCUGGCCCUGACUUGCAGCCUCAGGGACAGGGAGCGCGGUGGCCGUGCCCAGAUCGGUGUGGUGGAGGACGAGAACAAAGCCACGGACCUCGUACACAUCAUGGAGGCUGUGCUGGGCUGCAGAUCAGGCAGCAUGAGUGCCGCUGUGCCCAGCGACAGCAUUAGCCAGCAGCAGAAGGCCAACGUCCGUCUCUACCAUGUCUUUGAGAAGGGAAUGGACCUGGUGGUCCAGGAAUUGGCGACCCGCCCACUGACCCAGGACCUUCUGCAAGAGGAAGGCUGCUAUCUCCUGGACCAGGGUGGCUUCAAGAUUUACAUGUGGCAGGGACGGAAGUCCAGUCCCCAGGACAAGAAGGCUGCAUUCACCAGGGCUGUGGGCUUCAUCCAGGCCAAGGGCUACCCAAGCUACACCAAUGUGGAGGUGGUGAGCGAUGGUGCCGAGUCGACCGCCUUCCAGCAGCUGUUCCAGAUGUGGUCGAAGGAGCCAGAUGGGAAAAAACACCGAGUGGGCCAUAAACGGAUGCAGGCAAAACUGGAUGUAAGCAAGCUGCACACCCAGCCUGAGCUAGCAGCCCAGCUCAGAAUGGUAGAUGACGGCUCUGGGCAAGUGGAGGUGUGGUGCAUCCAGGACUUACAAAGGCAGCCUGUGGACCCCAAGCACCACGGCCAGUUGUGCUCAGGAAACUGCUACCUUGCCCUCUACACAUACAAGAAACUUGGCCGCGUCCGGUACAUCCUGUACCUAUGGCAGGGCCUCCAGACCACCAUAGAAGACACCAAGGCCCUGAACAGCAAUGCUGAGGAGAUGGACCUCAUGUACCACGGAGCAUUGGUGCAGGCACAUGUGACCAUGGGCAGAGAGCCCCCCCACUUCCUGGCUAUCUUCCAGGGACAGCUGGUGGUCUUCCAGGGGUGUGCAGACAAUGGAGGGAAGAGGCCGCCAAUCUCCAGCACGAGGCUGUUCCACAUGCAAGGGGCUGACAGCCUCAACACCAGAACUAUGGAGGUGCCAGCCCGCGCUUCCUCCCUCACGUCUGGUGACAUCUUCUUCCUGGUCACAACAGAAGUCUGCUACCUCUGGUUUGGGAAGGGCUGUAAUGGGGACCAGCGUGAGAUGGCGCGGAUGGUGGUCACUGUCUUCGCUGGAAAUAACACAGAGACGGUGCUGGAGGGUCGGGAGCCUCCCCACUUCUGGGAAGCCCUUGGAGGCCGGGCCCCCUAUCCCAGCAACAAGAGGCUUCCUGAGGAGUUCUCCAGCACCCAGCCCCGACUGUUUGAAUGCUCCAGCCCCUCGGGCUGCCUGGUCCUCAUGGAAGUGGUGUUCUUUGACCAAGAGGACUUGGACAAGUAUGACGUCAUGUUACUAGACACCUGUCAGGAGAUCUUCCUGUGGCUUGGGGAAGAAGCAGGUGAUCAGAGGAAGGAGGCAGUGGCCUGGGGCCGGGAGUACCUGAGGACUCACCCAGCAGAGAGGAGCCUGGACACACCCAUCAUUCUGGUCAAGCAGGGCCAUGAGCCUGCCACCUUCACUGGGUGGUUUGUCACCUGGGACCCCUACAAGUGGAUGAACAACCAGUCCUAUGAGGAGAUUGUAGAAGGAAGCCUGUGCCCAGCGUCUGCCAUCUCUGAGAUAACAGCACUUUUCUCUGGACAGGAAGUACAUAACUUCCAGCUAACUCGAGGGCCGGGUGACAUCAAGGCAGGUCCCUCGACCCUACUGGCCUUUAAGAGUUCCCAGGAAAGCCCAGAGAGUGAUCUGGAGCUGGGCCACAGAGUGGAUGGCAAGAACCCCAGCAAAAGCCCCAGCGAGGGCUGCAGCAGCUCCGCAGCCAAUGGGAGCCUGCCCCGGGAAAGGCUGAUGCACCAGGCUGUGGAGGAUCUGCCACAGGGAGUGGAUCCUGCCCGCAAGGAGUUCUAUCUCUCAGACUCUGACUUUCAAGACAUCUUUGGGAAAUCCAAGGAGGAGUUCUACAACAUGGCCAAGUGGAAGCAGCAGCAAGAGAAAAAGAAGCUGGGCUUCUUCUGAGCUGGGGGAGCCCUGCUUGCCACACGCCGAGUCUCCUGGAAUACCUCCCCGUUCCUAAUAAAAAGCCAGUUGGUUGGUG